GUCACGGCUGCAGCUGUUCGGUUGGCGUGAACGAAUUUUACUAGACGAUUCACCCUUUUUCGACGGAACAACUUCGAUGUAACGACGAAAGUGGCGGAAUUUUUGUUGUUUUGAAAGCAUAUACGGUUCACCUUCGGUCAGAUGUGGAACGACGUAUAACGGAAGACGUUUGUUAGCUUUCACGGCUAAGCUUUUGUCGAUGAGCUAGACUUGGUUAUCUUUUCCGUGUCGUUCAACCUUGGGUAUGUCAAAACAACUCAGUCGGUCAACUUUGUCGGUAUUAAACAUGUAAACAUUCAGACUGUGAAAAAGUGAUAACUAAUACUGUUGCUUGAUGUUAUUUAGAAUGUAACGUUAGUGGAAAAUGGUUUCGCUUUGUCGUAGUUUCGUAUUAAUGUUGAAAACGGAACAGGCUGUUUGACUUACAUUUGAUAUGUUUCAGUAUUCAAUAUAACAUUGCAUUUGUUAUUUUUAAACGGUUGGUGUUCUAUAUGUGUAAUAUGACCUAUUAAACGUGUUAAGACAUUUGUUUCGAAUUACUCUUCUGAAUGUGAAACUCACGGCCUUGUCGGCCCAGAGACACGCGUUCAUGUAGGCCAAGAAUGUGGUGUCGUCGACCUCGUCUAAAUUCGCUUAAUUCCUACAUAAUUAAAUCUAUCGCCAUAUUUUGUUUCAGUGUGUUAUAUGAAACCGUUCAAAAAACCUUGCAUUUGAGUUGUAUUUUAUUCAUUCGGUCUUUAUGCCCCUGGAGCAUAGCUGACUUGGCAAAAGUAUCAUGGGAUUAAAACUCACUCAGUGGUUUUAUAUCGAUUCCUUGUAGUGUGUCUGAUAAUCUCGAUAUGAACGCACUGAUCAGGUUAGACAGCCGAAUAUUAUACACGUUCAAAGGUUUUUAAAAUAUAUUUUUCCUGAACUAACAACGACUUCGAAUUAUUUGAUGGAUCCGAGUUGGUGUGCAACAUGCACCUUUUGAUCAUUAUUUAAAUUUCAGAAAGAUUGGCAUGUAACACAUGUUGAGAUUGAUUGCUUGGUGGCCUUAGAUUUGCUGUUCAAAGAAUACUGCUGGAACUUGUUGGCAUUGUGCUACUAGUCUUACUUUUACUUUCAGAUUUUACCAGCUUCAGUAAACAUUUUUUUCCAGUUUCCCCCUUUAUUUUGCUGUUUUUAUGUCAGUCCUAUUGUCAUUAGUGUACAUAACCUGGAAGUAUAAUAUUUAAUGUCUUUUUCCCCCACUGAAGAUAGGUGAAAAGCUGAAAAAUGGUGAGACCACACUCAGGAUCUCCUCGUUCCAAACACAGGCCCUUCUCUGACAACUACAGCAGCAUGAAUCACGAAGGACGAUAUGGCCCCCCUUCAAGAAGCCAGAGGGGUUUCAGAGGACCUCCUGGAAAACCCUCACCAAGUUGGAGAGAUAACAGUAGUGGACCACAGUCAUACCCCAAAAGGCCCUCGCUCAUGGGUGAACGCAGGGAACGACCACACGGACAGUGGAUGCAGAACCAGGAUCACUUCCAUCCCUAUCCCAGCUCACAGGAUUCACAGCGGGGCCGCAGGAGGCCUUCUCCACCCCGCUCAAGCCGCCCUCCCCCAGUCCAGCACAGGCAGUCCCCACAUGGUCCUAUACAUGGACCGCCUAGCCAUAGAGCACCACUCUUCCAUGGAAAUCACCCUAGCCACACAUCUCCAUCUCGCCAUUUCCAUGGCCCUCCAUCAGAAAGGCGGGUUCCUUCACCGCAUAGUUCCUUCAGGGGUCCCCAGCGACGCCCAAGCCCUCAGGAGCAUGACAGGAGCUGGUGCCCUGCACCUCGUGACAGGCCCUUUGGCCGACCAGCACUUGGUGGGCACCACUGGAAUGGCCCAGGAGGUUAUCCUCACCCCCCUGGUGGGGAUUCACGGCUCUCCGGCCCACCCCAAAGGAAACCCAGAGAGUUUCAUGGAAGGAGUUCAUAUCCAGAGAGGUGGUCUGCAGAGAGAGAUCAACGUGGGCCGCAUGGAGAUGUUGGAAGAGAGUCCCGGCGCCCCGGCAUGGAAUGGGCACACGGAGGAGGAGGUAGUCCACAGUCUCGGCCGCCUUACAGAUCACCGGCACGAAGACCAGGCCCACCCCCAUCUGGCUCAUCGUUCAGACCUUAUCCACCUCUGCGACCUCAGGAAAGGCCCAUUGGACGGCCAUUCAAGAGGAAGAGUCAAGAGUUCAGGCGUCCACCGUCAUCAAGUGGUUUUGAGCACGGGCCGCCGAAGCGUUUCCGCAGGGAAUUAUCAGUGAGACCUCUUCCUCUCAGGGGCUUCCGAGGUCGUGGUUUGUCCCUCAAUGAUAAAAGUCGACUGCUAAAGGCACGGAAGUUUAGAGCAGAGUCAGUGGCCCGGUUCAAACUUCCCCCACCAAGAAUUUCGGACAGAGUCCCGAAACACAAGCCUCAGACAGCACCAAAGAAUGGCAAAGAUUCUUCAGGAGUGCCACCACGCAAGAUACCACUCAAAAAGAUGCCGUCAUCCAGAGAGUCAUCCCCCAGCACAGUCUCCAAGACCGCAGAGCCUGAGAGGGAAUCCGAAACAAAGAUGGAAUCCCGUCGCUCUGUGAGCGCACACAGCUCCUCACCAAUAGACAGGCGACUUUCACGUGACCUUGUUGUGGUUUCCCAUUGGGAGGCAGGGCACAAACCCAGUACUAGUUCUAAGAACAAUGCACCUUGGAGGAAUAAGGCACCCAAGAACAAGUCUGAGGAAUCAGAAUCUCAUGGAAAUUUAACACUGAAUGAACGCUUCACCAAACUACAGAGUCCUACGAGUUCUUCACAGGAACAAAAAGAAAGACGGUCUUCUGGAAGUCCAGAAAAAACCCUGAGGAAGCCUGCUUCAUUUCAGAGGCCUAAUUUCCGCUCAACUGUUGGAGUGAAGAGGGGACCAGCUCCUGAUGGAGUUCUCAGGAAACCCUUAAUGGGCUCUUUAAUUCCAAGACCACCCUUCAAUCAGAAGCCUGUCUUCAAAAAGAGUCAAAGCAUCAUGUCAAAGUACAAGAACUUGCAGACGUUGCGGCAUAAAGUACCCCACCAGCGUCAAGCCACUAGCUAUCGUCGGUGGUGACCCAAAAUGAUUGCAUGUGCCGAAGUGAGUCGUCCACUGUAGAGCCUCUCUGCGGAGCCCCCCCCCCCCCCCCAUCUCCUGCUGUACAACAGUUUGAAUUAAUCUCUGUAAAAACUGUAGAUCACCAAAGUAUUUUUUUUCUUCUGUAGAAUUUUGUUUUUUUGUUUUCUUUGGUGUGCUUUAGAGAGAAAGGUCUUGAAUUCUGUGCAUUAAUCCUUUUUAAAAAGUUUCAAAAACAAAGAUUAGUGUUACAUUUUUGUAAUGUACCUUUAACCUGUACAAAAGCUCUCUCUGCCAUAAUUUUGUGAAAAUAUGAUUUUUAGAUUUUGUUUGAAUUAUUUUUUCCACAUGUAGUUAACUUUAUACAUCAGUCUAAAUAGCUGCUUUUUGAAAGUGACUGUUAAAAGACUCAUAUCAUGUGAAAUGAUCCCUGUAGAAUGCUUUCUGAUGAGUAGCUUUCAUUUGAUAAACCCAACUGAAGUUUGAGUGUUUGAUUAGUAGAGCUCCAUGUGUUGAUAAAUGACUUCUCUGAAAAAUUUUGUUUGUGUAGCUCAUAAAAACCCACAUGUACUUUCUUUAUAAUCAGACACUUUGAAUAAAAAUGGAAUUGUCAGA